CGUAGCUAGCAGCUAACAAGGAGCAGCCGCUGGCUGUUAUUAUCCAGCACGAGUGUAGAGAGACAAUGGGGUCGACGGGCUGUGAUGGAGCUAACCUUGUGUGUUGUGUUAAAACCGGAUAAAAGCUAUGCUCGACACUAUGAUGGAUCUUUAAUCAGAGAAACAGACAUGUCAGACAUAGUUCCUCCAGAAGUGCGACCCAAACCAGUUGUCCCUGCCAAGCCCCCAAAUGUGGCAUUUUUGGGCCACAGUGUGGGCCACGUUGGGGCUCAUGGUCAUGGUGGCUCUCACGGCUCUAGCGGGGGAUCCACUCUGCUGGGGUACAUUGGUAUUGACUCCAUCAUUGAGCAGAUGAGGAAGAAGACCAUGAAGACGGGCUUUGACUUCAAUAUCAUGGUAGUAGGUCACAGUGGUUUGGGAAAGUCAACUCUUGUGAACACCUUAUUCAAGUCCCAGGUGAGCAGGAAGAGCACAGGAUGGGCCCGUGAUGAAAAGAUCCCCAAAACUGUGGAGAUCAAAUCAGUGUCUCAUGUCAUCGAGGAGGGUGGUGUGAAAAUGAAACUGACGGUUGUUGACACACCAGGCUUUGGAGACCUAAUCAAUAAUGACAACUGCUGGGAUCCCAUCUCCAAGUUCAUCAAUGAGCAGUAUGAGAAAUUCCUAAAGGAGGAAGUUAACAUCACCAGAAAGAAACGCAUCCCUGACACCAGGGUGCACUGCUGUCUCUAUUUCAUCUCACCAACUGGACACUCUCUUCGGCAGCUUGACAUUGAGUUCAUGAAGCGCUUGAGUCACUCAGUUAACAUUAUUCCUGUCAUUGCCAAAGCAGACACAAUGACCAUUGAGGAGAGGCAGGACUUCAAACAGCGGGUAAGGAAGGAGCUGGAGAUGAGCGGAAUCGAAUUUUAUCCACAGAAAGAGUUUGAUGAGGACAUGGAGGACAAGAGUGACAAUGACAAGAUCAGAGAGGCAAUGCCCUUUGCUGUGGUGGGCAGCGACAAAGAAUAUCAAGUGAAUGGCAAGCGAGUUCUGGGGAGGAAGACGGCGUGGGGAAUUGUAGAAGUUGAAAAUCCCAACCAUUGUGAGUUUGCACAGCUGAGAGAUUUCCUGAUCAGGUCUCACCUCCAGGAUUUGAAGGAGGUAACUCAUAACAUUCACUAUGAAACUUACCGUGCCAAGAGACUGAAUGAGAAUGGAGGCCUGCACCCUAUAUCCUCCAGCGACACUCAAGAAAGCAACCUGUAGUCAGUCAGGGGAGCAGUUUUAAGACAGUGCAAUGAAGCUGAUAGGUAAAUCUGUAGUAUAUUGUAGUCAUGGGAACCACAGCAUCACUGCAUGCGAGGAAACAUUCACCUUUGUAAAAAUCUGUGUAAUUUAAUUCUAUCACUUUGUCUGGUUAUAGACUUCACCCAUCCUUUUAUUCAUUUACUUCUCCUCAUCAUCUUGACACAUACACAUAUCAAACCCAAGUCACUUCUUUAAUACUUGUCUGAAAGGACAGUCCCACCCUGAGACUUAGUGCCAUUAAAAAUUACUACUAUACUUUA